ACUAGUGGUUUAGCAAGCUGCUGCUCUCUGGAGGAAAGAAUUAACAACGGAAAUGAAAUGAGCAGGUGACUGGUGUGCUCCGGGCUUGCUUCAGCUGAAUUCUCUCGCUCUCCUGUCCUCUGAAACUCGCUCACGCUUGUUGGUGGGAGAUGGAGCACUGGAGACAGUGUGCCAACUGGCUGAUCAACUGUAAGGUGCUGCCCCCGAAUCACCGGGUGACCUGGGACAAUGCUCAAGUCUGUGACCUUGCUUCGGCGCUGAGGGAUGGAGUCCUCCUCUGCCAGCUCCUCAACAACCUUCAGCCACACUCUAUCAACCUCAAGGAGAUCAACCUUCGACCACAGAUGUCCCAGUUUCUCUGCCUCAAGAACAUUAGGACCUUUUUAAAUGCUUGCUGUGAAAAGUUCAACAUGAAGAAGAGUGAACUAUUUGAAGCCUUUGACCUGUUUGAUGUCCGAGAUUUUGCUAAGGUUAUCGAUACGUUAUCGUUUUUAUCCUACACCUCUGUAGCACAAAGCAAAGGGAUCUGCUCCUUCCCGACUGAAGACAGCUUGUCCGCCGAUGAGAUCUACAGUGGGCUCUCCGAUGUCAUUGAUGAUACGGGAGAAGAAGACGAUGACCUUUAUGAUUGCGUGGAGGAUGAGUAUGAUGAAGGAGGUGAAAUCUAUGAAGACCUGAUGAGGACGGAAGUUACGAUGGUAGUGAGACAGGAACUUGACAAACGGACCUGCUGCCUUCAGGAGAUUAGACAGACAGAGGAGAAAUACACGGAAACGUUAGAAUCCAUUCACCAGCAUUUUUAUAAACCAUUGCAACGAUUCCUUGAACAGCGAGAUCUAGAGGAUAUAUUUAUCAACAUUGAGAAACUGCUGUAUGUGCACAAGUCUUUAUUAGAAGAAAUUCAAAUCUCUAUCAAAUUAAACAAUGCCCAGAACCUCUAUGAAAUCUUCAAUAACUACAAGAAAAGGUUGCUCCUGUAUGGAAGGUACUGUAGCCAGGUUGAGGCAGCCACGAAACACCUGGACAAGAUAGCGAGCACAAGAGAAGACAUUCGGUUGAAAUUGGAGGAAUGCUCCAAAAGAGCUAACAAUGGAAGAUUCACCCUUCGAGAUCUGUUGAUGGUGCCAAUGCAGAGAGUCCUCAAGUAUCACCUCUUGCUGCAGGAAUUAGUUAAGCACACCACUGACUCAAGGGAUAAAGACAACUUGCGAAUGGCUUUGGAUUCCAUGAGGGAUUUAGCCCAGUGUGUAAAUGAAGUGAAAAGAGACAGUGAAACUCUCAAACAGAUCACAAGUUUCCAGUGUUCAAUAGACAACUUGAACCAAUCCCUGGCCAAUUACGGGCGACCCAAGAUGGAUGGAGAGCUCCGACUAGUGACUGUGGACAAACGCUCGAAGCAGGACAGGUAUGCAUUCCUGUUUGAUAAAGCUGUCAUUAUCUGCAAACGUAAAGGAGAGAACUAUGAAAUGAAGGAAAUAAUCGACCUGCCCUAUUACCGGAUAAAAGACGAUCUGACGUCGAGCAAAGACGCCAAAAAGUGGAGCCAUAUGUUUCUCCUCAUUAACCUGCACGGACAACACGGCUAUGAGUUCUUCUUCAAGACCAGAGAGCUGAAGAAAAAGUGGCUGGAACAGUUCGAAAUGGCUCUGUCGAACAUCUUCCCUGAGAACGGAGUGGCGAACAACCACGAUUUUAUGAUGCACUCGUUUGAUGAGACGGCAACUUGCAAAGCCUGCCGGAUGUUGCUCAGAGGCACCUUCUUCCAGGGCUAUCGUUGUAGCAGGUGCAAAUCUGCAGCUCAUAAGGAGUGUUUAGGAAGGGUCCCUCCAUGUGGUAAACAAGAUACAGGAACUUCAACACUGACUAAGAGUAAAAGCAGCCGAACACCCCCAUCCCGACCAAGUACAACGGGUCUGCCCAAAACAGAAGUUUGCCUAGAGUAUUAUGGGAUGCCUCCACCACCUGUGGCCUUUGGACCUGCUCUGAAGCUGCAGUUAGGGGAUAUAAUUGAGCUCACAAAAGCAGAAGUGGAGCAGCAGUGGUGGGAGGGAAGAAGCACAUCCACCAACGACAUUGGUUGGUUUCCGUGUAAUAAAGUAAAACCCUUCGUUUGUGAUCUUGUGAAAGACUAUUCCACUUUUUCCUGGUAUGCAGGUCCAAUGGAACGCAGUCAGGCAGAAACAAUACUGAGCAGUCGCUCGGACGGCACCUACCUAGUGAGGCAAAGAGUAAAGGACGCUGGGGAAUUCGCAAUCAGCAUCAAGUACAAUGUAGAAGUAAAGCACAUCAAGGUGACAACGACAGACAGUUUAUUCCGCUUGACAGAGAAGAGAGCCUUCAAGUCAUUAUUGGAUUUGGUGGAGUUUUACCAACGUAAUUCUCUAAAAGAAUGCUUUAAAGCGAUGGACACAACUUUACAAAAUCCUUUUAAGGAACCCGAGAAAAGAAUGGUUCCCAAAUUAUCAGGAGCCAGCCUGAAGUGCUACGGGACGGCAAAGGUUCGGUACGACUUCUCGGCAAGGGACCGCUCGGAACUGAGUUUGAAGGAAGGAGAUGUGGUGAAAAUCAUUAACAAGAAGGCAUCACCUGGAUGGUGGAAGGGGGAAGUCUAUGGGAAGGUCGGUUUGUUCCCUGCCAAUUACGUAGAGGAAGAUUAUUCAGACUACUGCUAUUGAAGUACUUUUGUCCCUGUGGUCGUUUAUGGAAACAUCCUCCCUGGAUACAAAGAUGAUGCUACAUCGCGACAGAGGUUCUUCUGUGUGGUUGUCCUCAUCCAGAGUAUUACAAUGCCCUAACUAUCUAAAGUGUAUUAACCUCCAGUCCCUUUGCGAAGCUAUAGACAAAAACUAUGAAAAUUGGGCUCUGUAAUGUUCCACAGCCACAUCCUUGUAGUCUUGGACUAAAAAAAAAUUCACUGUUCUUUUGACUGCAGAACAUUUUGAUCUUUCUGUAUUUAUUAAUACAGCAUAAAAAUAUCUUCAA